AUGUUCGGUUCCAGUCCACCACCUGAUGGGGUCAUACUAUCCUACGCCUUUCUCAACACAAACGUGCUCAGGAACUUCUGCAAUAAUAACAUUGCCCUGUACCUCGGGACUACAAUUUUCAUAACCAUGGACAACUUUGAGAGCAGCCUCCCGCCACUUGCCAUUCCAGGGCAUUUAACGACAGGAUUGCCAUCGGUUACAAGCGCAUUCUUUGCUCCUGGUUCAAUCCUACUGUUCGUGGUGAAUAGGAAAGUCUUCAUUUACAAUUACCGUAUGGACACCUGGAGUGAUACUAACGGUGUAAGAACUCCUGUCUCACAUAUUAGUGGCGACAGUUGUUGUUAUAAUAACAGAUUUUGCCUGGAAUUAGCAAAUAGGAUUUUUGUGUAUUCCCGUGGAGGCUCGCUGCCUGAGACCGAAAUAUACUUCUCUGACAACGGAGGAUUCUCGUUCCAGGACAUGAACAGUGACAUUUUGAAAAGGUUUACGGGAACGUUAGGAGGCAUAUUCUACCUCAAUUCCCUGUCUCAGGUGGGGAUACUCGUGGUUAAAGACAAAAAGGGUACAUUUUACUACCUGGAGCAUCCCCUGAACAACAGUGAAGGGAUACCUUUUAAGUACAAUGAGUAUCUUGACGUCAUCAUCAAGCCAGGCCAGACGGGUUUUCUGAUCCUCUAUGGUCAGUUAAGUCUGAUGGUGUCCCCCAAUGCAGGCCAGAUCAUGCAGGCCGUAGAGCUGUGGAAAGGAAAGAGACUUCUCUUCACCGAUAUCUCCUCCUCCGGUGGCUUCACCAUCCACAACGUUGCCUCGAAUGUUUUCGAGUUGGCUGUGUUCACACACAGCAAUCAUCUGUACUACGGAAGUCAGAGUUACCUGAAAACCUCCGUAAUCCAACUGCCAAAUCCGCCUUCCUGGAAUUCACUAAUGGGCAUCUCCUUCACGGACACUGGCAUGCUGGAGUUCCUCACGCCAGUGCAGGACCCAAAGGGCGCAGCCUUUGACUUCGAGAAGUGCACCGUGAACGUGCAGGCCGUUCUCAUGAACCCCAAGUUGGAUAUUGAGCCGUGUAAUGUGGAGGUUCUGGAAAGCACCAUAGUAAAUAAAAUGUUCACAAUAGACAUGAACACCAAGCUGGAUCUGUCUGCCCUCAUGAUACCCCGGCGGGGAAAGACCCCCAUACCACUGGUGAUGGUCAGCAACCCUCACUCCCUGGGCUUCGAAGCACACACCAGAGAAUUUGGCAACACGUUCGACGGCAACAUUAAGCACAAAUUGGAAAUUGAACUCCGACAGCAGCACCACUGGGAAAACGCGGACAUUAACUUCACCUCCAGCAUCAAGCAUCACAGCGUCUCCUCCCUGACCGUGGACAUAGCUGACAAGACACUGGCGUGUGUGGACCUGAAGCCCCUGACCACACUCAUUUCAAUUGGCUGUGACCGGUCCAAGAGGAUUAUUGUGCAGAACAAAAUCUCCGCUUGCUCCAUGGGAAUCCUCAACCCGGUGGAGCUGCAGGACAACUACACUUACAUCAUUGAGAAGGAAGCAUACAAACCAGUGAGCCACGAGGCGAAGGCCCAGGCUGACCUGCUCGUGUACUACCAGUACAAGGAGCUGGGCUGCCCUCGCCUGGUCUACUACGACAAGCCGUGGAAGCCCGUGGUGGAACUCUACUGCAGCCUAAACACCGUAUUCAGUGUGUACGUGUACGGGGCCUUACCCAUGGCGAUGUUCCCGCCGGUGCUCAGCAUCAUGCUGCUGGUGGUUACAACACUACUGAGCAUAUGGCUAGCCUACGCCAUCCCCAAGGAGCUGAGCACUGAGAGGGGCCAGCGCUUCAAGAACUUCUGGUACUGGCUGUUCCAUGGCUGCUUUAAGAUCUGCAACUGUUUCUGGCUGUGGGACAGACUGAGACAGUGCCUGCGCUCCAGGAAGGUGAAGGACCAGCCAGGGGGACUCCCAAGCCAGCCAGAUUCUGGGCAUUUGGGGUUGGACAGUGUGAAGAAACUAGGCUCUCGCCUCACAGGGCAGAAGACUUUUUCUGGAGUGGCAUAUGACCGUGACUCAGGGACACAGGUUUCCACAGGAAGCUCUCCACGGAAUCAGGGAGUCCAGUUAGACACGGAGCAAUCCUGGUGCGGGCAACUACAGCGCCUAGAGAUGUCGCCCAGAGACCUGGGCGAGGCCUCUGAGUGCAAGCGCAGGCCGUUGGGUUCGGAUCCCCAGAACCCACACGGAAGCAGCACUGGGGAGUCAGUGGGAGACCCUGACAAGAAGCUAGAGGGAGGGACUGUAUGA